AUGCCUCCCCCUCCGCCGCCGCCGCCGCCGCCCGGAGGGAUGGGAGGUCCUCCCCCGCCUCCUCCCCCUGCGGGCAAUCUGCCCAGCAGACCCUCUGGUUCAGCAGCGAAGGGUCGGGGCGCACUGCUUUCCGACAUCCACAAAGGCGCAAAGUUGAAGAAGACCGUGACCAACGACAGAUCGGCACCCAUGGUCUCAGGAGGAGGCGCGAAACUACGAAGCAACAGCGAUACUGGUUCAGGAGGUGAUGUAGUGGCGGGCGCCCCGGCGGCGCCUCAACUUGGAGGCCUCUUUGCUGGAGGCAUGCCCAAGUUGCGUAGUCGGGGAGGCGUUGACACCGGAGCUAAUCGCGACUCCCCAUAUCGAUCAGAUACGGAUGGUUCGCGGAGCGCUCCCCCGCCCCCUGCUAUGUCCGCUCCCAAACCGCCAGGUGCUCGCCCUCCGCCACGGCCCCCUGCGACAGAAUCCGCCCCUGACGCUCCCCCACGCGCACCGCCACCAUUGCCCGGCUCCGCCAAAGGCCCGCCGCCUCCUCCAGUAUCUACAAGAAAACCCUCUGCUCCUGCUCCUCCUCCACCUCCACCCCCAUCAGCUAGCCCAGCUGCACCUCCGCCACCGCCCCCGCCGGCUUCUGCUCCCCGACCUCCCCCGGCGCCAUCACGCUCUACACCUCCUCCCCCUCCCCCUCCUGGCGCCUCUGCUCCACAGCCGCCGAACGGAACAGCUGCUGCGUCCAUCGCCGUACAAGCUGCCAGAAAUGCUUUGGGACACGCGCCGCCACCUCCCCCACCAGCGGCUUCGGCCCCAGCAGCACCUCCUCCGCCUCCUCCCAGUGCUCCCCCCGUCGCCCCUCCUAGCGAACCACUGUCGCGGCCCUCACCUCUGCCGUCUGCCAUAGCACCCCCUCCACCUCAUCAACCAGACCGUUCUACCCUGGACCCGAGCGCCUAUACCCUCAGCAACGGCGGGCCGUCACCGGGAACAAGCCCUCGCAGUCCAGGCGGACAUGGCAUCAUGCGGGUGGAUGAUCACCGGUUUAAGUUCCAGAGCGAAGGCUUGUUGCCCAAGCCCCGACCAUUUGUGGGAGGCACCAGGCGGUAUCGGGCUGGGCGAGGCAGCAGUGUGCCAUUGGACCUGAGCGCAUUGGUUGGAUAA